AUGCCCGACGAUGCAAUUGAGGCCCGCAUCCCGGCCUCUUGCCCCGUUACGAUAUCUGAGAUCCUCCGCCGUGCUUGGCACCACGAUCUAGCCGGUCUGAAGGCCCUCCUCUCCGUCCCAGGUCGGGCCAGCGUGCAAGAGCCGACAACCGGCGAAACACCCCUCCACGCCGCGAUCCGGUCAUGUGGAGCACGAACACAGAAGAACAAUAACGAGGCGCCGGCGGAGAAGUCUGCCUCCGUUGAUAUUGAGGCUGCCAAAGCCGUCGUGCAUGAGCUGUUUCUCAGUGGCGCAAUCUGGAACGACGUCGACAGCAACAACGAGACCCCAGGCUGCGUAGCAGCACGAUUGGCGCAGGAUGACCUUUACAAUGAAUGCGUCAGUGCCGGGAUGCGCGCCGAGCUGCUGUUUGGACUAUUAGACGGCUAUGAAGCACUCGAUUCCGACGCUGAGGAGGAGGACGAAGACAAUGGCGAGGACAAGGCCAAUAACCGCGAGGACGCAGCAACUAAUGAGGAUACCGAGCAUCAGGAUGAUGCCCCAGAAGACAUUAUCCUGGAAUCCGACCCCGACCGCGCGUUCUUGCCCCCGCAAACAGAAGGCACGGUGACGAGCGCGGCCUACCUACGCGCAAACCUGACAUACACCGACGGCAAGCUGGUAGAUGACCAGAACAACGGCGUGAUGAUGGCCUGGGAGACGUCAAUCAUGCGGUCGUCUGUAGAUGCCCUGCUCCCGGGUCUGCCAGCCGGGAAGCGAAUUCUGAAUAUUGGCUUCGGGAUGGGUAUCAUAGACGGCAUGUUUCGGGAAACGCAGCCCUCCCGCCAUCAUAUUGUUGAAGCGCAUCCUGAAGUCUUGAAGCAUGUCGAAACAAGUCCCGAUUGUACUUUUGGCAAGGACUGGGAGGCUAGCGCUAGUGAAGGCGCCUAUAAAAUCUAUGCAGGUAAAUGGCAGGAGGUUGUGCCGGGGUUAUUGGAACAGGGCGAGUUAUACGAUGCCAUCUAUUUUGACACUUUCGGCGAAGACUACAGCCAGCUACGCAUGUUUUUUACCGAAUAUGUUCCUGCCCUGCUUGAUGAAGGUGGCAUUUUCGGGUUUUUCAAUGGCCUAGGCGCUGAUCGUAAGGUUUGCUACGAUGUCUACACAAAGGUUGUUGAGAUGCACUUGGCAGAUGCUGGGCUGGAUAUUGAGUGGAACGAAUUAGAUGUUGAUAUGAAAGGUUUAGAGAAGGAAGGCAAGGGCGAAUGGUCUGGUGUCAAGCGGCGUUAUUGGACCUUAGACAAAUACCGGCUACCUGUUAUCACACUAAUGGGCUAG